UUUACAGGGAGUCAAAAUUCUUCCCUCGGCUCUCUCGGCUGGUACGGUUUUGAUGUCGACAGCGAACUUCGAGUUAGCCUCACCGCCAUGUACUCGGUCACGUUUAUAACGGCUUUGCUUGGAAACAUUCUGCUUAUACACAUAAUCAGGCUCCAUCGCCCUUUUAAUUCUGUGUCUAUUCUCAUAGCCAACAUGGCGGCUUCAGAUCUUCUCACCGCACUCUUCGCGAUGCCGUACUCCGCAGCGUACUUAUACGUACAGCACGGCUGGUUUGGAGGUAUCAUGGGCAGCAUAAGUUGCAAACUGGUCAACUUUGUUAUCGGUACAACAAUUGCGGUAUCUAUAUUCGCAUUAUUGACAAUUUCUGUCGAGAGGUACAUUGCCGUUGUGAAACCCCUGUCGUAUCCAACAUUUAUCAAAAGGCCAAUUUUGUUAUCCACGGCCAUAUGGUUUUCAGCUGUCAUAUUUAUGAGCGUUUUUCUUUACGUUCAUGAGGUGGAGAUGGGAUCAGAUGGAGUCACUCAAUGCUCUAUGAACUGGGAACCAUUAUUUGGCAACAAAGUGAGCCCGAAAGUCUUCUACGCUACAAUAGCUAUUGUUCUUUAUGUUUUACCUCUGUUCUCCAUUGCCGUCUUGUCGGCGCUCAUCAUACGGAAACUUAACAAGACAACAGCAUCUUUGGAUGGCAAUCAUCUCGCAGAACACGUAACCGUUACGGCCAGGAAAAGAAACCAUCACGUUAUGCGGAUGUUAUUGGCUGUCAUAACGCUGUUUGCUGUGUGUUGGCUUCCAGUUCACGUUUUACAUAUCCUGAUAUAUUUCUUUGGAGGUAUAUACAUUUCGUUACCUCCGUCUGUUGCAUUGCUUUUGUACUGGGUCUCACACGCCAACAGCGCACUAAAUCCAUGCGUAAUUAUCCUAUUAAAUGAUUCGUUUCGAAAGUCGCUCAUGACUAUACUCCAAAGCUUUAGCCCAAAGAACCACCGAGUGAACAACAUGAAUCAUCGCUCGCCUUUCUUCGUAGGUAGAACUCAUGGAUGCCUUCCCCGCAAAGCAACAAAGAAGUACUCGGUGCGGCGGAACAAACGCGAGCCCAUUCCGCCAGUCACAAUUCUUGAUAUCAAGCUCGAAGGGAGUAUUACAAACUGGGACCUUUAAUCUCGUAAACUCUCGAACAAAUGUUCUAAAACGGUCAUUUUCGUCAGUUGCAUAACGACGCAGCAUCUACUGUAGCUAUUUCUGCGUGCAUGCAACUGGGGAAUGCGUUAAGGUUACCGUAUACCUUCGGGUGGGCAAUUUUCUUCAAAUUUGGAUUUUUGGGUCAAAGUAGUGG